UCACCACCACGGAUGGGACACAAACAUGGCUGGCCAAAUAGCUAUAUCAGCAGCAGUACUGCUCUGCUGUUUGCAUCUGUCUGCAGGGUCAACUCCAAAGCCUGCAUCGCAAAAUCCAUAUGACAGUUUUGUGGGGACCGCUUGUCGACCUCCAUUUGGUUUCAGGCCCAACUCUUGUGGAGCCUACGAGACACUCACAGAAGUAGUUUCUCCUGCUCCAUCAUUUGUUUAUGGGCCAAACACAUGUCGAUUUGUUCGAAACCUUCGAGUAAAUGAAGUGGACUAUGAGUAUCGGAAGUAUUGUAAUUGGGUGUACGACGAGAAGAACUACUAUGGCAGCUGGGUGAUGCAGUGUCAACUAAUAUGCCAGCCAACUCGUGUGUGUAGCAACCGGAAUCAAACUAUCGAGACGUCCGGUGUCAACUGCUGUCCGGGGUUCCAAACACGCCCUGUGGCACCCAAAUCACACUACAACAGUUACUACCAGCAGCACUACACUCCACUCAAUACUGAACCAACUGGAUGCCCUCUUGCUGUUGGAGAGUCCAUUGCUGAUUGCCUGAGGCUGCAAAACUUGACACGAUUUCUGGAAUUUGUUGAGCAGAGCUCUUAUAGAGAUCUAAUCAACUCAAAUAAUUCAGGGGUAACUGUUUUUGCCCCCACGAACGAGGCGUUUAACCUGGUCGACCCUGACCUGCUCUCCAUGACUGAUAUUGACAUGCUGGUUGGGAAUCACAUUAUCACUGGAAUUGUCUCCGAAUCUGACUUACAACACAGGACAAGAAUUAUGAAUGUGAUUGGAUUAGCACUACACUCUACGCUAAUUCAUUUCCCAGACUAUAGUGUCAUCACUUAUCAGGCUAGCAGUAAACACUCCUCGAAUAGUGAAGUGCGGUUUAGAGAGAUGAGGUUCAUAAAUGGAGCUGGGAUUGAGAAUCCUGAUGCUUGCAAGACACUCAACGGAACACUGCAUAUUGUCAACCGAGUACUUAUGCCAGGUAGCGAAACGAUUGCGAAUAUUUUGGUAAACGACCCUCAAUACUCAAUGUUUGUUGAAGCGCUGAUGUUUGCUGGUACAUUCAACUUUCUCAACGAAAGCUCAUCAUCCCACACUGUCUUUGCACCAACCAACGAUGUGUUUGAGAGAGAUAUUCCUCCCGAGCUCUUCAACUGUCUCACUAGCUACAUGCGAGUUCCUCUCACAAAUCUGAUCUUGUAUCACAUCUCGAAACAAACGGACUACUCGCAAGUUUUGGGUCUCCGACAGAGUGCUUUCAGUCUGUUCACCGAUUACAAUGGACCACGAUCACUUCUAGUUCUUGCAGCUGAGAAUGGAACACUAUUUCUGGGUGAGCUCGGUGAUCAGAUUGCUGUCACCACCGCUGAUAUUCCUGCUAGUAAUGGAGUCAUCCACGAAGUCGGUGGUGUCCUCAUGCCACAAAAUUUCGACUAUGGUAAGUGUCAACCUUUCGUUCCUACCAUCCCUCCCCCAACCACUCCUCCCUCAACCACUGCUGCACCUACAACUAUGCCCACAACUGCCCUGCCCACUACGGAGGCUAAUAUGACAGUCACAAAUAUGGCCUUCCCUGGCAACACUAAUAACAAGGAAGAAGACGUCGAUGACUACGGCUUGUCGGACAAUAACAUUUAAUGUACAUUUUUCUUCCUAUGUAUGCCCCAUGUUUAUAGCCUAC